UGGCAGAGAGGGGUGGAGGACACUGAAAUGAAGCCAGCGCAGGGAUUGGCAGAGAGUUGUGGAGGACACUGAAUGGCAGUCAGUAGAGGGAUUGGCAGAGAGGGGUGGACACAACUGAAUGGAGGGAUGGAGGACACAGAAUGGAGGUCAGUAGAGGGAUUGGCAGAGAGGGAUGGAGGACACUGAAUGGAGGUCAGCAGAGUGAUUGGCAGAGAGGGAUGGAGGACACUGAAUGGAGGUCAGUAGAGGGAUUGGCAGAGAGGGGUGAAGGACACAGAAUGGAGGUCAGUAGAGGGAUUGGCAGAGAGGGGGGUGGAGGACACUGAAUGGAG